AGGGGCGUGGAGCAGAUGCUAUCGCAGGUCCCUCCCCGCGCUCGGGCGGGGUGGUUCGAGGCUCAGCCGCGAGCGGAGGCUCUAGAGCCGCAGUUCAGCCCGGGCCGGAGUCCGCGCCGCCCAGGGCAGCCCCGCGCGGGGCCCGCGUGCACACGGAGCCCGCGAGGCGGAGCCGCCGGGGGGUGGUCGGCGCGCGGGCGGCAGGUGGGCGGCCCGGCUCCCGUCGGCCGUGUUUACCUGGCUCGCAGGAAGCCCGGGAGGCGGGGGAGGAGCGGCGGGCGCGCCCGGCCCUCGGAGCAGCCGCCAGACUGCGCCGCCGCGCCAGCGAGGACGAGCCUGCGGCCCCGGCGACCCGCAGCCCCGACCCCGAAGGCGGCGCCGGCGCUCCGGGACCCCGCGCGCUUGGGGCCCGGGCGGCGGGAGGCGGCCCGGACCCCGCGGCGCCCUCGGCCUUGGAGAGAGGAUCGCCGCGCGCAUCUGAAGACCUCGGGCCUCAGGAUGGGGAACCACUCAGGGAAGCGGGACUUCGGUGCCGAGAAGGGCAAUAAGGAUAGUGAAACUAACAGAGGAGAAUAUGAAAAGAAGAGAAACACACGUGACCUUUCCCGGGAGAUCUCAGAAGACAGUGAUGUGUUUGGAGCGGCAGAUGUGGUCCCGAACAAUGGGGCCCCCUCGCAGGACACAGCGGUGACAGACUCCAAGCGCACAGCGGGCCCGAAGAAUGCCUGGCCCGAGGCCAGCCCAGCUGACCCGGGGGGCCGCCCCCACCUGGUCCGCCUCUUUUCCCGAGAUGCCCCGGGCCGGGAGGACAACACCUUCAAAGACCGGCCCUCGGAAUCAGACGAGCUCCAGACCAUCCAGGAAGACAGUGCGGCCGCUCCCGGGGCGGUGGACGCGAUGGCGGCCCAGAAGAGACCCUCCCAGAGAUCCAAGUACCUGGCCUCAGCGAGCACCAUGGACCACGCCAGGCACGGCUUUCUCCCCAGACACAGAGACACGGGCAUCCUCGACUCCCUUGGCCGCUUCUUUGGCACGGACAGGGGUGCGCCCAAGCGGGGCUCAGGCAAGGAUGGACACCACGCGGCCAGAACCACCCACUAUGGCUCCCUGCCCCAGAAGGCGCAGCACGGCCGGCCCCAAGACGAAAAUCCCGUAGUGCACUUCUUCAAGAACAUCGUGACACCCCGCACACCUCCUCCAUCGCAAGGAAAGGGGCGAGGACUGUCCCUCAGCAGAUUUAGCUGGGGGGCUGAGGGCCAGAAGCCAGGAUUCGGCUAUGGAGGCAGAGCAUCUGACUACAAAUCGGCUCACAAGGGACUCAAGGGGCACGACGCCCAGGGCACGCUUUCCAAAAUCUUCAAGCUGGGAGGACGAGACAGCCGUUCUGGGUCCCCGAUGGCUAGACGCUGAAGCCCAGCUCCCCUCCCGGAACCCCGUCCCCAGCUUCUUAAUACAACCGCCUCAACGCUAACCAUUGUCUAAAUUACCUAGUGCAGCCGGCGUCCCCCUCAACCCUGGCCACACGUGCGUCCUGCGGGCUCCUGGCCAGCGGCUCGAUAGCGAAGACGGUGCAGCUGUCAGCUCCCCCUUGGAGACCAGCGAGGUCCCCGAGCGUCCAGGACGGGCGACCCUCCACGCCCGCUUUCUGCCCUGGGACCCUGCUGGGGGACGUGGCCGCCGGACCCCCACCCAGGGUGUGGAGACCGACCUGUGGCUCUGAGCUUCCUUUGGUUUCUUUCCCGCCUCCUCUCACCUCCUAAAGCGCUUCCUUUCCUAACCCAUCUCAGUGGAGCGGCUUCGCGGCGGAGCUUUGGUAUGUGGCAGGCGGGCGGGCAGCUGGGAGUGUCCCAUGUGGUGGCCGCGGCUCACACCCCGGAGGAGCCGGAUCGGCGCGUGCGGAGAAGGGACGCGGGGCGGACUCGGCCGGGCCUCGGGGGUCCCGCGACGGCGCAGGCGCGCGGGGACCGCAGCGGCCCCCCGACGACCUACUUCCUACGGAGCCCGGCUGGAGGGCGGAGGCGGCGCAGCUCAGAGCGGUGGCAGGACGUUCCGGGAGCCUCGCGGUGGCCGCAGCCAUCGCGAGCGCGAAGGUGACAGGUGGCGUGCUCGGCACGGCGGUGCGCACAGCGAACACUAACCCCAGGGGAGAGAGAACCACCCCACCCGCUUCCUCCUGGAAACCCACUGACCCGUACACGCGCUUUUCCCGAAUCACUGCCGGACUGGGCGCCGGCCCCAGCGAGGACCGGGAGGGGUCCUCCAUCCCACUCUUUUCUAACCCGAGCUGACAUCUCCCGUGCUCCCCCCAUAACCUACUGAUUCCCACCUUUUGAUUUCAGCAUCUCUCCCACCAGCCCCCCACGAAGUCCCCACACUGGCGUCACAACCCCCCUUAGGAUGAAAAUGAGGAAUAGUCAAUAUAAUGCCCAAAUGCGGCCCUUUAAUCCCCUUCUAAUUCUGAAUAUUUCGCAUGGGUUUAAUAUAAUGUCUAUUAAUACAUAGCCUCAAUGAUGAGAGGGUAAGAAAAAAAAUUCAGAAACAAAAUCUCCAAAUUGCUCGACACACACACUGCGUCUUUGAGCUGGUUGUGACUGAGUGACCUCCAUUCAUGGCCACACCCAACAAUGAGAGCUGUGACCAUGGGUCUCAAGGAAAGUAUGCACUGUUCUUGAAUAUUGAAAUAAAGUAAUACACUUUUAAUGAUA